CGAACCGGCAUCGACUCAGCAUGAGACUUCUUGAGUUGUUUUUGAGCGCCUACACGCUUGGCUGCUUCUUUGACGUCUCGUCUGCGAAGCCAUUCGCACAUGGAGCGCAGAAGUCAUCCUCCCCAAAGGUGUUCAACUAUGGCCGCGGUCUCCCUUCUCAUUCGGGCUCUAAGCAUUUGCGACCUGUGCUCGAACCUCGCAAACAACCAGAAUCCGAGAAAAGGAUUGGAUCAAAUGGGCCUGAUACAAAAGUGGCCGGCUAUUCUCAAGGCGAGUUCGCGAAAGGUGAACCUAUCAGUAGUUCCGGGAAAGGGGCUGUCAUCUCUGGUGGAACGAACAACUUGAUCGAUAUUCAAAACCCCAGCAAUCUUGGUCAGGAGCCCACGGACAGUGGGGUCGUGGUGAAUCUCAAAUGGCGGUUCUCGGAUUCAAAGACCAAUCUGUACAAUGGAGGCUUUGUACGUGAGCAGGUUAUCACCGACCUUCCGUCUAGUCAGGAUAUCUCUGGUGCUCAACAACACCUGAAGAAGGGCGCUUUCCGCACGUUGCAUUGGCACAAAGUUUCAGAGUGGGCGUUCGUCUAUGCUGGCCGGGUCGCUAUAUCUGCCGUCAACGAAAAGGGUGAAAACCAGUAUGAUAUCCUUGGACCAGGAGAUAUCUGGUUCUUCCCAAAGGGAGUGGCGCAUGGCGUCCAAGGGUUGGACGAAGACAACGAGUUCUUGCUAGUCUUUGACGACGGCAAUUUCGACGCCACUGGUGUGACAUUCAAUGUCGAUGACUGGGUCGCACACACGCCAAAAGACAUUCUGGCGAAGAACUUUGGUGUGAAUGCAUCAGUGUUCGAUGAUGUGCCGAAGACCAAUCCGAAAAUCCUUCCAGGCAAUGUACCGCCAGGUCAGAGUGUCGAUCAUCCCAUCGGAGAUCUCAGCAAGAGCAACAGCUCGUACGUGAUCAGAUCGAAAGACGUAGAGCCAAUCGUUGCUCCAGGCGGCGGUGGUACUAUCCAGAUAUUCGACUCCAGAAAUUUCCCUAUCUCGACCACAAUUGCAUCUUCCGUCGUAACCAUCAAGCCCGGAGGACUGCGCGAGCUGCAUUGGCAUCCAACAGUACAAGAAUGGGUUUACUUCGCCCAAGGCCAGGCUCGCGCCACGGUUUUCAUGGGAAACGCGGCUGCCCGGACUUUCGAUUUUGCUGCAGGCGAUACUGCCGUCUUCCCUGACAAUUCGGGGCACUAUGUUGAGAAUACAUCAGAAACCGAGGAUUUGAUCUGGAUUGAAAUUUUCAAGGCCGAUCGCAUUGCUGAUAUCUCCUUGACUCAAUGGCUCGCGCUGACGCCGGCGCCGUAUGUCGCACAAUCGCUGAACAUUUCGAUUGACUUUGUCAAGCACUUGAAGAAGGAGAAGCAGUUGAUCAUUGCUUAACGGGGCUACAUGUAGUUGAGGAGCAAGGCUGCUUCGGGUCUGCCGAUUGCUGUAUCCGGUGUUUUAAUGUAUGUCGUGUCGUCGCAUGUCGGGCGAUGUUCUUCUUGCAACCUGAGGUCGAAAGCGAUCUCACAAAUGGAUUGCUUGUUCGGUG